AUGCAAGUUAAAAAGAAAGAUCAACACGGGCGGUCAUACCUUGAAAUAUGUGAAGGGUUCGAAAUUCGCUUGGAUUAUAGCGAAUUAUCAGAAGCCGAUAAGGAAAAAGCCCGAACUGAAUUACGAGAAACGCCUGAAAAUAUCGAAAAAGGUUUAAAAGAGUUGCGACAACUUCUUGAAGAGGACGAUACAUUAUUCGUUCCUUCUGAAUCAGACGACUUUUUACUGGCAUUCCUUCGUCCUACGAAAUUUUACGCCAAAAGUGCCUACGAUCAAAUUCGUCGUUUUUACACUUUUAGAGCAAAGUAUUCGGAGUUUUGCCAGAAUCUUGUACCAAAAACUGCGAGACUUCCCUUCGAGCACAACAUUGUCAAUAUUAAUCCAAAACGAGACCAGCAUCGUCGUCGCAUCGUAAUUAUCAAGGGAGGAGCUAAUUGGGAUCUCGAUGUUGUGUCUAUCAAUGAAACUUUUCGCGCGAUCUUGCUGGCUAACGAAGUGGCGUUGAUGGAAAAAGUGACGCAAGUCAAUGGUUUUAUUUCGAUUUUAGAUUUUUCUGGAUUGACGUUGAAUCAAUGUUUGGUAGCGACACCUUACAACACUCGGAUGCUCAUGAAUUGGAUGCAAAGUGCAAACCCAUCGAGAUGUAAAGCUAUUCAUAUUGUGAAUUAUCCGAAGGUGUUUUUUGUGCUUUUUAGUAUUUUUAAACCUUUGAUCGGAGCAAAGUUAAGGAAAAGAAUAUUUUUUCACGGCAGUGAUUUUAAGACGUUGUUGGAGCAUGUCGAUGCGGAUUGCUUGCCAAAAUACUAUGGAGGCACGAUGGAAUGUGAAGAUGCGGAUGGGAAAUUAGUGGCUGAUAUUUUGGAAGAUGCCACAAAUGAAUUUGAGGUUAAAUCUCGAUACGGAAUUGUGAAACACAAGCAUGAAGUUAAAGUCAAAUUGUUGGAUACUGAUUAA